AUGUUCGUCUUACUUCUAACUCUAUUUGUGGCCGCUGUGGUAGCCCAAGAACAAUCCGAGCAGCAGGUGCCUGCCCGUGUAUUGCCAUAUCGCCCUUGGAUAUUUAGGGACAUCCCGAAUAUUGAAGAUUUUGAACUCGCGGAGGCUAAAAACCAACGCUCUUCGGACUUUAAGCUCUGCACGUACACCGAUGAAAGCUACGGACAAUGCCAGGCUCUCGUGGAGGCUGCUACUCGCAAGAGUAUUGCCUUGAAUCUGCAGUGUGUGCAGCGUCCCGAUCGUGCGACUUGCUUGAAGGCGGUACGACGUAGUCGUAAUAUUAUUGUGGUUCUCGGUCAGCGGGACUAUAAGGCUGCUCGCGAGGCUGGUCUGCGUCCAUCUGUAUUCGCCCGGGAGCAACCAGAUAGCUACUACAUUGCCGUUGCUCCAAGCAACAUCAGCCUAGUCGAAUACAAUGAGGCACAUCUUCAGUUGAACAUCAACGACGAGGAUGCCUUUUACGCGGGUGUGACUUUAAAUGCUCUGCGCCAGCGCAACAUUUGUCCGACUUCCGAUUCAGUGUCCAACGGACCUGUCAUACGCAUCCUGAACUCGGCUGAAUAUGUGCCGGCUGCUGAGGAUAUACUUAUCUGUCCCUUUGCCGCCGUCGCUGCCACCGACCAGGCAGAAACAUGCAACUUCGAUUCUGGGCUUCAACGGGCCGUAUUUACAUCGCCAGCUGCAAAACGCGGAGGCUUGAGGAAGUUGGGACAAGUAUUUGAACGCAUUCUGAAGAACUUCAACAAAGAAUCCGACUUUAACUUCUUCGAGAAUGAUUCCAUUUUCAAGCACAAUACCGUAGCGUUUGAUGUCACGCCCACCUAUGUGAAUGGAAUCUCCGAAGAGAUUUUCAAUUUCUUGCACUGCGAUCUGCCAGACCAGCAGGGCAAUAUUUCUCAGUUUGGCGGCGAUCUGGUACAAGUGAGCUUCAAAGAUUUUUGGAAUGGAUUUAAAAAGGGAUUGGUUGGUGGCCUCAAGAAAGGCCUUGUAGAUGGGCUUGGAAACGGACUUGACAAUUUAUAAAUAACUUAAUGAAACACAUGAAUAAAUAAUUUGCAUACAACAUUA